UUACGCGCUUAAGAGUCAUUCUAUCUUUAUCGCUCAUUACUUGCGGAAAAAAGAUAGAAUGUUGCUUAGUGCCCAGAGCGAACGCACCUGAGUAGCACUGCUUCGGCAUUUGACAGAACGGCGGUUCAGAGAAAGUUGCAUCUAUUUACUAACAAAACUUACCUAAUAACGAAGAAGCAACGAGAAGAAACGUGAAAAUGACAACUUCGAAGGAAUUAAAUUUAGCUAGAAAGAGUCUUGUAGCAUCGCUUGGUGAUAAUGCAAAAGUAUACUUUGAGAAAAUGAAGCUGUGGUUCCAGAUGAAGACGACAAAGGAAGAAUUUGACUUCGAAGCACGUAAUAUCAUGACAGAGGAUCAAGUUCGUUUACAUAAUGAAUUCCUGUUGUGUCUCUUUAAUAAAGUUCGUGGAUUAGCAGCUGCUGCGCCAACUUAUAAGAUAGACAGAGAUAAAAAUUUGAAGGAGAGAAGACUGCGAUUGAAACGCAAAUACAAGACUGAUAAAUCAAAUUUUGAGCCAGCUGAUAUGUAUGUGGAAGUAUUGAGUCAAACCUCAUCGCCUAUCAGAGACGAGCCUAUAGGUGCCAAUCGUUCUAGUGCUCAAGAACUUGUAUUACCAGAUCGAACUUUUGUACUAGCUCGACUAAUGCUUGCUGCAUGGGAAAAUAAUAUGGACGGCGCUGAAGAUAAUACAGCACACAUUGUUAUAGCAGCAACACAAAUUUUCCUGAAAAACAUACUUACUGCAAUCUUCACGCGUAGGAAAGGAUAUGCUACUCGAGAUGGCUCUUUUAUUUACAAUAUUGGAGAACCAGUGCCUAGUUCAUGGAAAAGGAACUCCAUGUAUAUAAAUCCAUUGCACUCUGAGCCAACAGAAGUAUUAGAACCUCAUGGCCAAAUUCCAACAGCAAAACCAACCAUUGAGGAAGCCGAACAAGCUAUUGCUUUUGUACAUGCAUGUUCCGUGCAAACCACUCUUCCGCCAUUGAAGCCAGUUAGCAUGGCUGAUUUGCAACAUACAUUAAGGAUUUAUAAAAAUCUUGUGAGUAAUCACACUAUAUAUGCUACUAAUAUGGAACGACUGUAUACGUAUGCCACUCAUCCAACGUGGGACGAUUUGGAGGCAAAGAGAAUGUUAUGUCAACCUUCAACGUAAUUAUAUGUCUUACUAACGCAAACAAUUCAUAAAAGUUUAAGAUUACAUGCGUUUUGUGUCUGUGGUUUAUUAAUGACUUUUUAUUUUAAUUACUCGCUGUCGUAUUUAAUCUCGUUUUAUAGUGUGGGAUAAGUAAUAUAUUAAGUAUACAACA